UUAGACCCUAAAGCAUUGAUUUCAGAGAACAGAAAGUUCCAGACUGUUAAAUAACUUUUUCAAGUUAAAUAACUUGAUCGCGGACCGCACAAAUGGGACCACUCUAUUGCUACCUGCAGAAGCCGUUGCCAAGUUGUUGUUGUUCAAGUUGGUGCUUUUGAGUCACCGAAGAUCAGGUUUUUCCCCUGCAUGCAUCGCAGCGGCAAGUGGUGUUCCCUUCGAUUCGAUCUGUUUUCUUCUGCCAAAGAAAAAAGAAGGAAUCAGAAUCCGGUCAACCGGGAUAAUUAUUCCAUCCAUCCGCCAGGUAAUAGUGAUGUGAGUGAGUGACGAGUAGCAGCAAGAAGAUCGUGUGGCGGAAAAUUCGAUCGACGACAAGUGCAACAACAAGCAGGCUGGCUCCGUUCCAAGCACAGCAUCCCAGGAGAAGCAACCUUGUUCGACUUUACGGCGCGCAACCGCGAGUGCUUUCUUUUGUCCGCCUGAGGCGGCCUACUGUGCUACACGCGGGAUGUUGUGGUGUGUGGCGGUGACCGAAAUUGGAGAAAAUAGUGCCUGUUGAAGUGAACGAAGAGUGAAAGAUUAAAAGCUUACAUCCCGUCGUCCGUUUCGCCUCGCGAGUUGCAAACAGCAGCUUGGAGGAAACCGCGGCAGCUGGUGGAUUGAUUAGUGUUUUGUCGGGAGGAAAUGAAUCGUCGUUGAUGGCGCUUUUGCACGAAUUUUCUUCGGUCGGUACGGUAGCACCGAUCAAUUGAGCGAACGGUGUUGCGAACGGCGGCGACGGCGACGACGACCACGAAGAGGACGACGCAGAUUACGACUCUGCACAGGUGAAUCCGGAGCGAGAGUGGAAAUUAACACGGCUGCCGAUGAGUGCAAAGAUGCGACCUGCCACAAUAACAGAGCUGUUAUUCUCCGCCAGGUGUCAAAAGUUGCACUUCCGCCGCUAAAACCUUCGCGCCCAUCAACGACGACGACGACGACGACCACAGAUGACUACCGCUAAGGGGAUGGCAUCUAGCUGCGAAAACAUGACUUCAAUCGACGGCGAUGGUGGCGGCGGCCCCAAUGACCUGCGUCACUAUUGCACCCUUCGCAACAAUAGGGCCAAUUCGAACGGGGUCGCUAAUGGCCGCCAAACCGAGGACGACCGCAGGGCUGCCAGUCGAGAAUCGGACGCCGCCAGGGUUGGUCAGUUCUGUACGAUUCGGGGUUCCAAGGGAACGACGGCUAUGGGCAAUACAGCGGGGGUAGGAGCCGAUCCAGGUGGGGCGAUCUAUUUCGGAGAGGGUGGUGAGGCUAGCCGGAGUGAGCAGAACCGGAAUCUGCUGUACGAAGAAAAUAUGUGCACGUUCGAGAAUUUCUGUGAAAAGAGCCUGGAGGAUCGUGGAGGAGAAGAAGGGGAGGGUGGUGGUGAAGGGAUUGGGAACUUCUGCACGCUUCGAAAGAAGCGAUCCGUUUCGCAGAAGGCGGUGGAUCAAGUGAACGGUGGUGCCGGUUAUGGGCCCAGCUGUAACGGGAGGUCCAGUGAUGUGCGUGAAACGUCCCUGGUGGAAGGGGAAGUGGCGAGCUAUUGUACCCUGAAGAAGAAAAAGUUAAAGUUGAAUCAGAAGUUUGUGGAAAAUUUCCUCGAAGAUCCAAAUGCCAAGCUGCACGACUAUCUGUCCGAGUUGGAUGCCUACUUGGACGAGAUUGAUGGGUUGGAUUCCGAGGGUCAGUUCUCCAGUGAUGACGAAGAAGAAGUGCCCCGUGAAAAGGUGAAAGAAGAAAUCGUGCCGGAAAAUGAUCACGCAGAAGCAGUGCCGCCACCCGCGAUCAGUUACAUCGACGUCAAAAAUUUCUGCACCCUUCCCAAGAGGAAGCGGGUGCAGUUUCUGAAUGCAUUCCAAAGGGCGGGCCCUCUGAGGAGGACCUUUGCCGCCCCCGGUCCGAGCAGUCGCCGCAGUAGCAACAAAGAAAACAGCGGCAAUUUGGACCCCAUUCGGGGAGAAGUGAUCGCCGAGGCGGAUGAAUCAUCACCGGCGGGGACGGCCGAUCGUGACUCAGUAGGCGCUGCAAAAGGUAUUUAA